UCUCAACGGGUCGUCGAGACGGUGUUACGGUGUACGCGUCGUCGCGAGGUACCGGCGAGUCCUAAGACCACGUGAUCGACCUUCAUCGGCGUAUAAAGUCGUAGCGGUUGUUCUUCAUUGCGUGUCGGGCGUCCUUCGAUAUCAGUCGGUCACUCGUCUUCAAACGCAGUUCUUUUAUCGCGCAAUGACAAAUUACCGUCGAAUCGAUUCCGGUAUUGAUUAAAAAUCGUGUUUCAACCCUCGGUCGCGAGUGAUUGAAAGCGUAGUGAUUCUAAUCACGUGUACGUCGUUUUUCGUGUGUAAUCGUUUUUCUGUUCGUUAGAGUCGUAGUUAAUUUUGAUUUUCUCGUCGGUGUCGGUUUUAAAGCACGGACUCCUGGACAUGAUAGAGGAGCGUAGUUAACUAAACACGUGAGUCUUGUGUGAUACAACGUGGACGGCGUUCAGUGCUUAAGGGUGUUCAAGGUGGAACCAAUGAAGGAAUAAGAAUGACACCACUGGACGGGUAGAGGAGGUUCGAGGAUUCUCGAGCUCGAGGAAGGUUUAAGACAUGCUAUGCGCCAGGAGAGUGGAAACAGAGAUUCCCGCGGAAGAUGACAGGGUUAAGUAGAUAAAAGAAACGGCUGCUGGGUUUCCAUCGACCGACGACGAUUCAUCGCGUUUUCCAUGCAGUGCACAAUGCUCUGCCACCGCGCCCUUGUCGUUCUCCUUGCAGUCAGCGUGCCAAUUGUGACGGGGCUCGAGCCAGACUUCGUAUACCCGUUGGAGAACAUAACGAUCCCGCAGGGUCGAGACGCAACCUUCACCUGCGUGGUGAGCAACCUCGGUGGAUACCGGGUGGCGUGGCUCAAAGCGGACACCAAGGCUGUCCUGGCGAUUCACGAGCACGUGAUCACGAACGACGCGCGUUUAUCAGUAACACACAGCGACUACAACACGUGGACGUUGAACAUUCGCGGGGCACGCCAAGAAGAUCGAGGCAUUUAUAUGUGUCAGGUCAACACGAAUCCUAUGAAGAGUCAGAGCGCGUUCCUGGAAGUGGUGAUACCGCCGGACAUAAUAUCCGAGGAGACCUCGAACGACCUAAUGGUACCCGAGGGCGGAUCCGCGAAGCUGGUAUGCAAAGCUCGCGGUUAUCCAAAACCUGACAUCAAUUGGAAGCGGGAGGACGGCGCCGAUAUUAUCUCCCGCGCCGGGUCGUCCGGCAGCAAAACAAAAAUGUCUAUGGCCGCGGGUGAAACGCUGACUCUGUCGAAAGUAACCAGAAGCGAGAUGGGCAGCUACCUAUGCAUCGCGAGUAACGGAGUACCACCAACAGUCAGCAAACGGAUGAUGCUGCACGUGCACUUUCACCCGAUGGUUCAAGUACCGAACCAGCUAGUCGGCGCGCCAACUGGAACCAACGUCACGCUGGUCUGCCUCGUGGAAGCUUCCCCGAAGGCCAUUAAUUACUGGACGCGCGAAUCAGGCGAGAUGAUAAUUAGCAACCAGAAGUAUCAGAUGUCCGAGGUGAAGACUUCCGUUUACGGCGUCCAGAUGCGGCUGGUGAUCAUGAAUUUCCAGAAACAGGAUCUCGGCGGUUACAAGUGCAUCUCGAAGAACUCGAUCGGGGACGCCGAGGGGAACAUUCGACUUUACGACAUGGAUCUACCAAAGCAUUCGAAGAAGUUUGGCGAUCGAAGGGGGGACGACGACACGAACGAAGCGAUCAGCGAUCGCGACCACAGACUGAAUCACGUUUACCAAGGUUCUUUACGGGAACCGGGUUCCACGUUGGAUCCGUACUUCGACGGCGACGAUGAAUCCUCGAUGACGUCCACGAUUCUACCACCCACCACUUGCAUCCUCCUGACAGUGUCUCUUCAAUUGCUAGCUUUCACGUAAGGACCGUUUUCUGAAAGGAAUGGACGUAAGAUCACUUCGUCGACGACGAUCAAUUAGUUUCUCCUCCCGUCAUUCAAUUAAUUGUUUACGAAAUCGUGAAAGAAAAAUGGAUUUAGUACUUCGAUGAUACCCUACAGGAUUCUGAACAG